GGCAGGGCGCGGAGGGGCGUGGCCGGGCGCGGCGGCCAUGUAGCGGGGGCGGCGCGCGGCGGGCGCUGCCGCGGGCGCGCGGCCAUGGAGUACGGCGAGAAGCUGGCGCGCUUUCGCCAGGCCCAUCUCAACCCCUUCGACAAGGCGCCGGAGCAGCACGAGCGCCCCGAGGUGCUGCCGGCCCCAGAGCGGCGGCCGGAGCCGUCCCCGGGCGACCCCGAGGGCUCGGAGCGCCCCAUGGACCUGGGGCUGGCCGAGGACCACUUCUCCCGGCCGGUGGGGCUCUUCCUGGCCUCCGACGUGCGGCAGCUGCGGCAGGCCAUCGAGGAGUGCAAGCGGGCGAUCCUGGAGCUGCCCGAGCACUCGGAGCGGCAGAAGGACGCCGUGGUGCGGCUCAUCCACCUGCGCCUCAAGCUGCAGGAGCUGCAGGACCCCUCCGAGGACGAGCCCAACAUCCGCGUCAUCCUGGAGCACCGCUUCUACAAGGAGAAGAGCAAGAGCGUGAAGCAGACGUGCGACAAGUGCAGCACCAUCAUCUGGGGCCUCAUCCAGACCUGGUACACCUGCACAGGCUGCUACUACCGCUGCCACAGCAAGUGCCUGCCGCUGGUCACCAAGGCCUGCGUGCGGUCCAAGGUGAGCCACCAAGCCGAGUACGAGCUCAGCAUCUGCCCCGAGAGCGGCCUCGACAGCCAGGACUACCGCUGCGCCGAGUGCCGGGCCCCCAUCUCCCUCCGCGGGGUGCCCAGCGAGGCCCGGCAGUGCGACUACACCGGCCUCUACUACUGCGGCAGCUGCCACUGGAACGACCUGGCCGUCAUCCCCGCCCGCGCCAUCCACAACUGGGACUUCGAGCCCCGCAAGGUGUCCCGCUGCAGCAUGCGGUACCUGGCGCUGAUGGUGUCGCGGCCGGUGCUGAAGCUGCGGGAGAUCAACCCGCUGCUCUUCAACUACGUGGAGGAGCUGGUGGAGAUCCGGAAGCUGCGCCAGGACAUCCUGCUCAUGAAGCCGUACUUCAUCACCUGCAGGGAGGCCAUGGAGGCCCGGCUGCUGCUGCAGCUGCAGGACCGGCAGCACUUCGUGGAGAACGACGAGAUGUACUCGCUGCAGGACCUCAUCGACAUCGAGGCCGGGCGCCUGAGCUGCUCCCUGACGGAGAUCCACACCCUCUUCGCCAAGCACAUCAAGCUCGACUGCGAGCGCUGCCAGGCGAAGGGCUUCGUGUGCGAGCUCUGCAAGGAAGGCGACGUGCUCUUCCCCUUCGACAGCCACACCUCGGUGUGCACCGACUGCUCCGCCGUCUUCCACAGGGACUGCUACUACGACAACUCGACCACGUGCCCGCGCUGCGCCCGGCUGAGCCUGCGCAAGCAGUCCCUCUUCCAGGACUCCAGCACCGAGGCCGAGCCCUAGGGCGGCCCGGCCCCACCGGCUGCUUCGGGGGCCCCGCUCCGGAGGGGGCUUCCGCCCCACGGCUGCGGCGCCCUGCACUACACGAGCACCGAGUCCACUUUAAAGGGCAGCCGGGCACCCAGGCUCUGCGGGGAGCCCCCCCAGCCC